GCAAAUCUACUCAGUGUGAAACGACUUGGGAACAGUGUAGCGGACUCUCACGGCAUUUAUAAUAAAGACACGUCUUUGUUAUUAAAAGCUCUAUGGCAUACAUAUGUCUGCCCAGUAGGAGAAAUGAGCAGCCCAAACAGAUAUGUAGAUGGAGUUUAAUCCCACCUGAUGCUUAAGAGGCCUCUGCCAACAUUGUCAGUCUGUUCCUAGCUACAUCAAAAUCUCUGAGCAUGGGGUCUCCUGAAGACAGUCUAGAGCCCCAAAACUCUGUUCACGAUGAGCCUAAUGCAGGGGAGGAGGGGGAGGGCUGUGGCAGUGAUGGCCAUGUCAAAUCCUGCACCUCAACCUUUUUAUCUGUUGAAAGCAAGAAGAAAAAGAAGAAGAAGAAAAAAGGAUUGUUGAUUAAUUUGACUAAUUGUAAAUAUGAGAGUGUACGUCGUGCUUCUCGCAGAUAUGGCCUGCGAGAGGCCGGGGAAGGAGAAGACUGGACCUUAUUUUGGACAGACUGUUCUGUCUCUUUGGAUAGAGUCAUGGAAAUGAAGCGAUAUCAGAAAAUCAACCAUUUUCCAGGAAUGAGUGAGAUCUGUAGGAAAGAUCUUCUUGCAAGAAACCUAAACCGUAUGUUGAAACUCUUUCCCAAAGACUAUAGCGUCUUUCCCCGCACUUGGUGCCUUCCUGCAGAUUACAGUGAUUUUCAAGCCUAUACCAGAGCCAAAAAGCACAAAACCUAUAUUUGCAAACCAGAGUCAGGUUGCCAAGGUCGUGGGAUCUUUCUCACUAAGUCCAGCAAAGACAUUCGGCCAGGUGAACACAUGAUCUGCCAGGUGUAUAUUUCCAAGCCCUUUAUAAUUGAUGGAUUUAAGUUUGACUUACGGGUUUACGUUUUGGUGACUAGCUGUGACCCAUUCCACAUCUUUGUGUACAAUGAGGGACUGGCUCGUUUCUGCACGAACCAGUACAACGAGCCCAACAGCAGCACCUUGGAUGAUGUUUGCAUGCACUUGACUAACUAUGCAAUCAACAAGCACAGUAAGAAUUUUGUUUCCGAUGAUGACAGGGGCAGUAAACGGAAGCUUUCUACAUUUAACAAGCAUCUAGAGGACAUGUCUUACAACCCAGAAAAGGUGUGGGCAGAUAUUGAGGAUGGCAUUAUUAAAACUCUCAUCUCAGCUCAUCCUGUUCUCAAGCACAACUACAACACCUGCUUCCCUAACCAUACGAUAGGAAGUGCCUGCUUUGAGAUCUUGGGCUUUGAUGUACUGCUGGACCAUCGACUUAAACCCUGGUUGCUGGAGGUCAAUCACUCUCCUAGCUUCACCACAGACUCACAACUGGACCGUGAAGUGAAAGAUAGCUUGCUGUAUGACACACUGGUUCUGAUUAACCUGGGUGCAUGUGACCGCAAGAAGAUUAUGGAAGAGGAGAAGCGCAGAGUUAAAGAAAGACUUCAGCAGAAUCGUUCCAGAGAGUCCAGGACUGAGGAACUUCGGCAGUGCCAAGCAGCCAGCAUGGAGCAGAUGCAGAGAUAUGAAGCUAAACACCUUGGGGGGUUUCGUCAGAUCUUCCCCAGAGAGGGAGCUGAAAAAUAUGAGAAAUACUUUCAACACAGCAGUUCUCUGUUCCAGGAGACUGCAGCCUCCAAAGCGAGGGAGGAGUGUUCUAGGCAGCAGCUACAGGAGCUUCGCCUGAAGCAAGACCAGAAGGAACGACAGCAGAAAGGUAAUUACAAGAAAGAUCUACAGGGAGAAUCAGCAGGAGAAAAAGCCAAAUCAUGCAAAGUACAAAGUCACCUCGCACUCUCUAAAGUGAGCUCUGAACAACACAACCUGGUGUCUGUGCCCCCACUUCCGACUUCAGCAGAAGAGACUUCCAUGCCAGUGGACAUGUUUGAAGAGGAGGAGGUGAAAAGAAUCGAUGCACUUUGCCAAAGAGAGAACCUUUUGCGGAAAUUGGGUGUGGUUGAUCAGGUGCAUCGGCUGCUACAGGGUACCCAGCCACCUCCUAAUCCUGGAAUGCACCCACAAGAACAAAUAUGUUGUCAUUCAAAGAACAGACAUGAAAGACCCAUCAAGUUGGAGUCUAUGGCAGAGUUUUGGAAGCAUACAUUUCCCAGUGCUAUGAUUCAGAGGCAGGUUUCUUCAGGACUAAAGCCAUGCCUGCAGUAUGUUCAUGCUCGGCACAUGCAGGAGAGCACAACACUAGGCUUAAUGGGCUGGAAGCCUUUACAUAUGGUUUCUAAAGAUGCAGUUGAAAUGACAGGAGCAUCAGAAAUGGAGCAGCAAGUUAUCAAAGAUCAUAGAAAGACUACCAGUGCAUACUGCAUACCAUGGAAAAGUACUAGCUCUCUGGUUAGGCAGGGCAGUAUUAGCUCAUCUUUUCUUGAGUCAAGGACCCGAACUACCAAGAUAAAUGUGCAACUUCCAAGACAAUUGCACUGUGCUCCAGUAUCUUCUGAGCAUGGAACUAUCCCGAAUCUGUACAUCAUCUCCACUCCAGCAACCCUGGUCCCUCGGUCAGAUCUUACCUACACCCUUCUCAAGGCCUCACGAAAAAUCAAUCAGAAAAGACAGGGCUACUGAUGUGGGGCACACUGCUGAAAAAAGCCAAACCUAGGAUUUCCCAUCCAGUACUACCUGUUCUUUCUCUCUUUUCAUGUCCUAACCUUUCUCAUGAGAACUAGGAUUUUUUUUUAUUCAUGUAUAAGUAUUAUAUAGUAUUAUAUAAUACUUUUGGAAUAGAAGAUUAACUGGAGUCUGCUGUAGGUAAGAUUUUUUCAAGUUUUGCUCCAGAUGUUAGAUAUGUUUAUUUGUACAAGGAUAUGAAUGUAAAGUAUACAUAUGUAAUACAAAGCUUUAUAUCCUUUAA